AUGUUAUUGUUCUGUCCAACGUGCGGCAAUCUGCUUAGUAUAGAGGAAGCUUUGCAAGGGUUGCGCUUCGCAUGCAACACGUGCCCGUACGUGUUCAACGUCGUGAGAAAAGUGAGCAGUCGUACGUAUCCGAAAUUAAAAGAAGUGGAGGAUGUGUUAGGCGGAAGCGCAGCUUGGGAAAACGUCGAUUCCACUGAAGAGAGGUGUCCAAAGUGCUCUAAUCUCAGAGCUACCGUUUCUUACUUGAUGGAAAGAGAACAAUUUCAAAUGUACAAAAAUUGGGCCCAAUGAAUGUUCUAUUGAAUUCCGUCGAAGAGGAGAUAGAGGUGUUAACAAAGUAUAGCAAUCAUUGGAUGUGCAAAGGAAAACGAUCCGUAGCUAUAGCUAGCAAAUUAUUGCAACAAAAUAAAGUUGUAGCAUUUCCAACAGAUACAAUAUAUGGUCUUGCUUGUCUUGUAUCAGACGCUAAUGCUAUUGAAAAGCUCUAUGAAAUUAAAAAACGUGAUGCAAGUAAACCAUUAUCUAUUUGCGUUAGUAACGUGAAAGAUGUAGGAAAAUGGGGUGUUGUCGAUCAUGUGCCAUACAAUUUAUUAACAUUAUUAUUACCAGGGCCAUAUACAAUUAUUUUGAAACGAACGCCAGCUUUGAAUCCUGCCUUGAAUCCCGAUCAUGACACCGUAGGCAUUAGAAUUCCAGAUUAUGCAUUUAUAAAUUGUGUCACUGCAAUAACAGGACCUUUAGCGUUAACGAGUGCUAAUUUAAGCAAUCAGCCCAAUUGCUUAUACCCGUCGGAGUUUCAAAAUUUGUGGGAUAAAUUAGAUGGGAUAUUUUACGACAGUACCAAGUUUGGUAAAUCACAUAAUGGUUUGAGACGUGGAUCGACCAUAGUUGAUUUAUCCAAACCAGGCUAUUAUAAAAUUGUUCGCUCUGGAGUUGGGGCACGUGAAAUUAAUUACGCGUUAAACAAAUACAACUUACAACAUAUUGUAGAUUAA